AUGCUAUGUUUGAGUACCACCUAUUUCAAAUAUAAAGAGGUCUUCUAUAGACAGAAGCAUGGCUGUGCUAUGGGCUCCCCUGUGUCUCCCAUUGUGGCCAACCUAUAUAUGGAGGAAGUGGAGAGGAAGGCACUGGAGACUUACAGUGGAGCUCGUCCCACUCACUGGUUCAGGUACGUGGACGACACAUGGGUGAAGAUGAAGACCAAUGAAAUCGGCCCCUUCACUGACCACAUCAACUCUGUGGAUAAUUACAUCAAAUUCACAAAAGAGGAGAUGAGGGAAAAUCAACUUCCCUUCUUAGACUGUGGUAUAAGCCUGGGAGGAGAAGGAGAGCUUCAAGUGGAGGUUUAUCGAAAACCCACGCACACCGACCAGUACCUGAUGUUUGACUCUCACCAUCCUCUGGAGCACAAACUGGGAGUGAUCCGCACCCUACAACAUCGGGCAAAGACUGUGCCCACCAACCCAGAGGCAAGGGACAAAGAACAGAAACAUAUAAAGCAAGCGUUAAAACAGUGCCACUAUCCUGAGUGGGCCUUCACCAAAACACAAAAGAACCAGCAGAAAGAUCCAAAACCAGGAAACACCAAAACUCCAAAACCCAGAAGAAGUCAUGUUGUCGUUCCAUAUGUGGCUGGACUGUCUGAGAAGUUCCGAAGGGUUUUCUCCAAGCACAACAUCCCUGUGUACUUUAAACCUAAAAACACCUUGAGACAGCGUUUGGUCCACCCUAAGGAUCAGAUUCCCAAACAUCAAAAGAGCAACCUGGUGUAUGCAGUGAAAUGCACAGAGGAGUGCAAAGAGCUCUACAUUGGGGAGACGAAACAGCCGCUCAGCAAACGCAUGUCGCAACACAGGAGGGGGAAUUCUUCGGGACAAGACUCUGCAGUCUACACCCACCUACAAAAAGAAAAACACAGUUUUAGGGAUCAGGACGUCCACGUCCUGGACAGAGAGGAUGGAUGGUUUGAGAGGGGCGUAAGGGAGGCCAUCUAUGUGAAAGUGGAGCGGCCCUCUUUAAAUAGAGGGGGGGGACUGAGACAUCAUUUGUCCUCGUCUUACAAUGCUGUUUUGAAGACAUUACCCCGGCGCUUAACAGACCAACCAACUUGCUCCACCUCACAGGUGGGGGGAGGGGCAUCUGUUUAGGCUCCUGGGACACCAUCUUC